GGAGACGCUCCCUCAGGUAUACUGGACCGAGGCCAUUUAGGGCUUUAAAGGUCAGCACGAACACUUUGAAUUGUGCUCGGAGCCCCUUGGCUUGCUCGCCUCUCCUUUCCAGUCAGCACCAGGGGGAACUGGGCUCAUGGAGAAGAGCAAGAUCCCUAUAGUAACCUCACCAUAACGUGGAGCCAAGCCCCGCCCCUCGAAAGCAGCUCUGUUGGGUGACCGAGAGAAAACUGAGUCUGAGGUGCUUCCAGCCUCCGCCCCGCCGACCGAGAGAGGCCGGCGCAGAGCGAGGGCGGAAGGCACGGAAGCGGGGAGGAAGGGCGGGGCUCGCCGUCUGCCGGCUCGGCCUUCCAGUGCGGGCAGCGGCGAGGCGAGCGAGGGGGGUGGACGGCGGCUGCGUCCUAUUAUUAUUACUAGUGCUGCGAGAGGCGGUCGAGAUGUUCAGCUGGCUGAAGCAAGGCGGGCGCCACCGGCCCGGGGAAGGCGAGGACGUGGUGGAGACGGUGACGGGCGGCCUGAAGGAGCUUUACGCGAAGAAGCUGCUGCCGCUGGAGGAGCACUACCACUUCCACGAGUUCCACUCGCCCGCGCUGGAGCCCGCCGACUUCGAGAACAAGCCCAUGGUGCUCCUCGUGGGCCAGUACAGCACCGGCAAGACCACUUUCAUCCGGUAUCUGUUGGAGCAGGAUUUUCCAGGAAUGAGGAUUGGUCCAGAACCAACUACAGAUUCCUUCAUUGCUGUCAUGUAUGGAGACACUGAAGGGAGUGUUCCAGGGAAUGCUCUUGUAGUAGACCCUAAAAAGCCGUUUCGCAAACUCAGCCGUUUCGGAAAUGCAUUCUUGAAUAGGUUCAUGUGUGCUCAGUUGCCCAAUCAGGUUCUGAAGAGCAUUAGCAUCAUAGACAGCCCCGGCAUUCUUUCAGGAGAGAAACAGCGAAUACGCAGAGGCUAUGACUUCUGUCAGGUUCUGCAGUGGUUUGCUGAGCGCGUUGAUCGUAUCAUCCUCUUAUUUGAUGCCCACAAACUUGAUAUUUCUGACGAGUUCUCAGAAGCAAUCAAAGCGUUCCGGGGUCAGGAUGACAAGAUCCGGGUUGUGUUGAAUAAGGCUGACCAAGUAGACACCCAGCAGUUAAUGAGAGUCUAUGGAGCACUCAUGUGGUCUUUGGGGAAAGUGAUUAACACUCCAGAGGUAUUGCGUGUCUACAUUGGCUCUUUUUGGUCUCAGCCCCUGCAAAACUCAGAGAAUCGAAAGCUGUUUGAGGUGGAAGCACAAGAUCUGUUCCAGGACAUCCAGAACCUACCACAAAAGGCAACAGUGAGAAAACUGAAUGACCUUAUCAAGAGAUCACGACUUGCAAAGGUACAUGCUUAUAUCAUUAGUCACCUGAAGAAGGAAAUGCCUUCAGUAUUUGGAAAAGAAAAUAAGAAGAAAGAACUUAUCAACAAGCUACCUGAGAUUUAUGUUCAGUUGCAGCAACAGUACCAGAUCUCACCAGGGGACUUCCCUGAAGUCAAGAAAAUGCAGGAGCAGCUGGAGAAAUACGACUUCACCAAAUUCCAUUCUCUGAAGCCAAAGCUGAUUGAAGCUGUGGAUAAUAUGCUGGCAAACAAAGUUGCCUACCUCAUGACUCUGGUGAGCCAGGAAGAGCGUAACACGCCUGCGCAGAAGGUUCAAGGUGGGGCAUUUGAUGGCACCACAGUAGGACCAUUUGACCAGGGCUACGGGGAAGGUGCCAAGGAAGGAGCCGACGAGGAGGAGUGGAUUGUUGCCAAAGAUAAACCUAUAUAUGAUGAAAUCUUUUACACUCUCUCGCCAGUCAAUGGUAGAGUCUCUGGGGCCAAUGCAAAGAAGGAAAUGUUGACCUCCAAACUGCCCAACAGUGUCCUGGGAAAAAUCUGGAAGCUUGCUGACUGUGAUAACGAUGGCAUGUUGGAUGAGGAGGAAUUUGCAUUAGCAAAGCAUCUUAUCAAGAUAAAACUGGAGGGAUAUGAACUCCCCAGUAGCUUGCCUAUCCAUCUGGUACCUCCAUCGCAUAGAAAACCUUUGCGUGGGGCACAGUGAUAAACGCAUUCUAAAAUUAAAGUUCAGUACCUGUUACAGUUAAAGAUUGUAUAACACACUUGAAGGUAGGGUUCUUGUCAAGCAUUUUAGGGCCACUUCAAACACUGAAUCUGUCCUAUAUGGGUACCACUUGCACACGAAAAAGCACAGAAGCUAUCAUGUACCUCAUGCACUGGGGAGCGAUGCUUAGUGGCAGUUUUCUGAUAUGUGUGUUUGGGCAGCAUGUAUAUCUUGUAAAAUAAACACAUGUAUAGUCAUGGCAUGUGUCAUGACAGGCUCCAUAUGCUUUCUGUCAUUUGAAGUGGCCCUCAUGUAGAUGCUGCAUUCCGUGCACAUUACAGGAACUAGUAACAUAGCACAGGGAUAAACCUAUGUUAAUAGAUCUGAAGGCCCCCCAGUAAAAGGACAGCAGGGGGAGUGUUUCUUACAAGUGCCUUUGAAAAUUACCUUCUGGUUUUUGUGGGUAAGGUUUUUGACAUUUUUUCCACUGUGUUUACAAUCAAAAUACUAAACUGGGAUUGAGCAGAUAUAAAAAUAGUUGCAACUAUAUACUAAACAAUACUUUGAUAACACAGUGCAAAACUACCUUUAUUCUUCAAAAGGAAAUCUAACAUUUUACACUUCCAAGGAGGCAGGAAUUUGUUCACUAAUGAUACUUGAAAAGAAAAUCCACCUUCUGCAAUUCCAUUUAGAGAUUGUAAGAAUGCGCUUCAGUUUUUUUUGUUUUAGCCAAAAAUUAAAGGCCUGUCUUGGACUAGGCUUCUUUACAAAGUUGUAUUUGUUUGGGGAAGGAGAAAAGGGGAACGUAUGCAUGGAAAGAGCUUUCAUAAGAAUAUGUAAUUGUAUUUAGAAAAUCAACAAAUUACUAUAUUUGAAAGUUAUAUAUAUUUAAAUUGACAUUUUAAAAAUCUUACAGCUCUUUAGCUACUAUAGAUGUUAUCACUGUUGUCUCUGUAUAAGUAGAAUAUAUAUGAAGAGCCCUGCUGGAUCAGGCCAAGGGUCCAACAGUGGAACCCACUGUCAGGACUUGAAGGCAAUAGUCUCCGCAUUGUUUACCUUCACAUCUGCUAGCUGGAGGUGUGCUGUUCCUAAACAUGGAGGUUAUUUUUUAGCAUCAUGCCUACUAGAUAGAACUAGUCUCUAUUUAUCUUAGGCAUUUUUCAAGCUAUCAAAUACAGAGGCCUUUGCCACAUCUUGUGGAAGUGAAUUCCAUAAGUUUAUUUUUGUUGUAAUACUGUGAAGCCCCUGGUAGUUGGUUGGUUGUUUUUUUAAGAAAAAGAAUAAUGUGCAUUAUAUACAAAUAUUGACACCUCUGUUCACUGCAAUGAUGAUUUGCAAAAGUCCAUUUGGAGGGCUUAAUCCCAAAGUACGACUUUGCUGAAAACACACCUACGUACGUGACAGAGCUACUUUGCAGAAUAUAUAUAUAUGCUUGUGUCAGUGGAGAGUGAGGUGACUUAAAUUAGUUGAUUAUAGUUUGCACAGGUUAAAGUAGUUUGAUCUACUAAUUCUAAGGCUUUAUUUUGAACAUCCACAGGAAACCUUCCUGUAUAUUCUAACCUACAAAGUGUUAUUUUCACUUCUUUCAUUUAUGGACCGCCACUAGAUUAUGACUGCCUCGUGGCAUGAAACCUGUACAGUGAAUGCGUCAUGGGAGGGCUACAGCAGUCUAGCCAAAAGGCCUGUAGGUGUCCUUUCAUGAAAGACAGAGCAAAUGAGUCAGUUUCUCAUGUUGCAUCAGCAAAGUACUAUUAAUUGACUUAAUCACUUAUGCUAUCACCUGUGGACUCAGUCUGAGCAACAAAUGAUGUCACCCAGAAAUCUCCACACUUUAUAUGAAACUGCCUUAUACAUAUUACUGGUCCAUCUGUCUUAGUAUUAUCUACUGUUAUCUAUUCUGGCACUCCAGGGUCUGGGGCAGGGUCUUUCCCAAACUAGUAACUUCAGAUCUUUCUAAACUGAGUUGUCAGGGAUUAAACUUUGGACCUGCUUGAAAAGCAGAAGGCCCCUUCACAGUUUAUGUGUUGUGUGGAGAUCAGCCUAUCCCUAUACAGUAGCUGAGAAACUUAAGACUGAUGUAAUCAUCAUCUUAGUGCAUCCUGUUAAUGCUAUAGUUCAGUGAGAAAUCAAUUAACAAACUAACAGCUCUAUUCCUACUGUUACUAGGCUUGUGUGUAUUUGUUUACAGGCACAGACAUCACUCGGGGUAAGUAGCAUAGGCUAACUUAGUGUUCUUGCUUUCUGAGGCUUAUGGUUUUCAAAAUAGUUGAUUAUUAUUUUUUUGG